UGUCUGUGAGCAAGCCUAUGCGAAUUGUGCUAGAUUGUGACGUCAGUGGGACAAAUUUACAUAAUAAUCUGCUUCUCCACUAACGACAGAGGAGAUAGGCUGGCCAAAGUUCCAGAGCGAAAGAACCACAUUUGACAGGCACUAGUAUGCCAAAGCCAAAAGAAGCCACAUAAACACGGAUCAUGUGGGACUACGAUGGCAGCGUGGCCUUCCUGGGGACGUGGGGUCGCUUCCAGCUGAUGGUUUUCUUCCUGCUCUGCUCCACCAUCUUGCCAAACGGGACAGGCUCCUUCUCGCUGGUUUUUAUUACCGACACGCCCCGGCACCGAUGCCGGAUCACAGAGGUCAACCUCAGCCAGGAGUGGCGAGAGGCAGCAGUCCCUCUGGAGGUUGUGGACGGGGAGCCGCAGCCGAGCCGCUGCCGCCGCUACCGACUGGACUUGCUCCGCAACCUCUCGGCCGGUGGGCUGCUCCCAGGCCUCGACGUGAACCUGAGUAGCCUGGAGCAGGAGGACUGCGUGGACGGGUGGGUUUAUGGCACUGAGGUCUACCAGUCCACCGUGGUCUCAGAGUUCGACUUGGUGUGCAGCCAGCGCUGGAAGCAGCCCUUCACCGCCACCAUUUUCUUCCUGGGGGUCCUGGUGGGAUCCUUUUUCUCAGGAGUGCUUGCUGACAGGUUUGGUCGUAAGGUGGUGCUUUUUUCCACCAUAAUGAUUCAGGCCGUGUUCACGUUGGUGCAGAUCGCUGCGCCAUCCUGGGAGGUGUUCUGCUUCUUUCUCUUCUGCAGCGGCCUUGGCAAUAUCUCCAACUACGUGUCCUGCUUUAUAUUGGGCACAGAAAUCCUCACGGGCAACGCUCGGGUGAUUUACUCAUCGGCUGCUGCAUCUCUGGGCUUCACCUUGGGCUACAUGAUGCUGCCGCUCUUCGCCUACUUCCUCCGGAGCUGGAAGACUCUGUUGCUGGCCAUUGGGCUGCCUGGCCUCUUCUACAUCCCCCUGUGGUGGGUCCUCCCAGAGUCUCCCAUGUGGCUGCUGUCUCAGGGCCGAGUGAUGGAGGCAGAGGCCAUCGUGAAAAAAGCUGCCAAGAUGAACCGACUGGUCGCACCAGAGAAGAUCUUUGGCGAUUUCGAGUUGAACGCAAAUGAGGAGAGUCCAGUGAAACGCUACACUAUUUUGGACCUGGUGACUAAAAGAAGCACGGCCAUGACGACCGUCCUCCUUUGCUGGGUGUGGUUCACGCUGAACAUCUGCUACUUCGGCCUGUCCCUGAACACGUCACACCUCCACGCGGAUCCAUACAUCAGCUGCUUCCUGUCCGCCGUGGUGGAAAUGCCGGCGUAUGUGAGUUGUAGCUUGGCCAUCCGGUACCUGCCGCGACGCCUCGCUGUGGUGGCUGCCUUCCUCACCAUGGGCCUGGCGUUGCUCUUCAUUCAGCUGGUGCCUCAGAGUAUUCUGGGUCUGGCCGUGGCCUUGGAGAUGUUGGGUAAGUUUGCCGCCACAGCUGGAACGUCACUGCUAUACGCCUUCACCGCUGAGCUGUACCCGACGGGCCUGAGGAACACAGCAUCCGGGACCUGCGUCAUGGUGUCGCGAACAGGAAGCUGCCUUGCGCCUUUUCUCAUACAGAUGAGUAAGCACUUUUCUGGGAAGGAGGUUGGUGGGGCCAAACAUAGUUUGACUUUGACUGUCGGUACCACACAGACAUCUACUUCAAGUAUCUGCCGUAUAUCACCUUGGGCACUCUGGCCAUGCUUUCUGUCUUGGCAACGCUCUUCCUGCCAGAGACGUUUAGGCGACCGCUUCCCGAGACCCUUGAACAGAUGCAAAAGAGGCAAAAACGUCCAAAUCCAUAAAUGUCUUUUAAAGACAACUGUAAAUAUUGUGAUCACACAGUGGCUUUUACCAACAAAUUGUAUAACUGGAUUGUGUAAUAUGUAACAACUUGUACAUUGAUGGUAUGCAUAUGCAAUAUUUUGUUUAUUUCUGCAUUCAUAGAAGAAUAAAAGACAAAACAUGU